UCUCAGAAUCAAUCUCCCUCCGCCGCAGUUAGGAGGCACUCAGAAUCGAGCAAUCUGUCGCGAGGGGAAGCAGUCGUUGCUGAAAGGUGGUGAGCUGCAGCAGUGAGCGCCACAAAAGGCACUUUUCUCCCUGGCCUGGGGUGAUUUUAUUUUAAAGGGAGGAUAGUCCCCCAGGACCUGACUGGAUUUCCCCCCGAUUCCCUCCGCCUAAUGUGAGACUAGCAAAGAAAACUGGAAGCACACACAAAAGCGAUGGGAACCUUUGGAGUGAUAGUAGGGAUUUUACAUUACGCAGGACUCUACAUCCAACUUAGCGCCUCGUCCAGACAAGGUGGACACGCUGAGGUAGAGAACCACAUCUCUGGAAACGCACUCUUCACAGAGGUCCCCCAUGACAUCACAACGCAGAGCGGGCAGGAUGUGGAGAUGGCCUGCUCCUUCCGUGGGGCGGGCUCUCCCUCCUACUCCCUGGAGAUCCAGUGGUGGUACAUCAGGAACCACAAAGAAUGGACAGACAAGCAGGCGUGGAUGACCAAUCAGGUGUUGCCCCAGGAAGAAAUGUCAAAGGAUGCUACCAAAAUAAGCGUGGUGAAAGUGGCGGGCAGUAACAUCUCUCACAAGCUGCGCCUGUCCAGCGUGAAGCCAUCAGACGAGGGCACGUACGAGUGCCGGGUCAUCGACUUCAGCGACAGCAAGGCGCGCCACCACAGGGUCCGAGCCUACCUGCAGGUGGAGCCGGAGCAGAACGCCCAAUCAGAGCACCCCAAACACCCUCCGGGACACGCCCAUCACAAAGGAGGCAGGGAACUGAAGAAGCGCUCUGUGGACAGGGCCAAUGACUGCUCUGACAGCUGUGUGCUGUAGCUCCGCCCCCAGUUACUCGACUGCCGGGCAACGCGCCCCUUCCCUCCCUGUACAUUGUCUAAAAACAUAAGGAAACAAGGAGUGCAUGUCAUGUUUCUCUGAAUGUUAAUCACAUAUCAUUGGCGAGGCAGGACACACCAGGGCCUGGUUUGAUACGACAUUUUGUCCUUGACGUUGACUUAAAGAAAUGUGAGUGUUCAUCAAGUUGAUUUUGGUGAUAGAUGAACUCUCCAAAUUACUGGUGAUGAAAAAGUGAGCACUUGCAUUUGUUUGUGGCUCGUUGAGGACAAUGUUGAUUAAAUUCAAGUGGACGAUUGAAUUAGUUGAUUUGUUUUUCCUUUGGUUUUAGUUAUUUUGAUCUCUUAACUAUUUAUGAACUAUUUAUUUUGCUUGUGAGAGGGCAGGUGGGAAUCGUCAUGGUGAUUUCUGACUCCCAUGUAUUUCUCAUGGCUGCUGAGCCAGUUGUUUUCUGCUUUGUCCAUGUUUUUAAGGCUCUGAUGCCAGGGUGACACCUAACGGGAUAAUAUUUUGUACAGCGUGUUGGGUAAAAAAGGGUUGUUUAGUGUCUGCCGAGUGAGAUGUGCUUUCAAGUGCCACAUAUUUCAUUAGUCUUUGACUAAAAAAAAUAUAAAACUUAAAACAAAAAAGCUACAGUAUUUUAAUGUUUAAUGCUUUCUUAUGGAGAACAUUUAUUAAGCUUUGUGACAGGUAUGUUUGGACGGUUCUUUUUAUGUUACCUUUAUUUUGCUUUGAUGUUUUGUAAGAGAUCAAUGUAAAAAUAUUGUACCUUUUUAAAUAACUUCUAGAAUGUUGGUCUCAACCUAUACACAUGCCUUCAUCACAUUAAAUUAAUUGUAUAUGAACCCAAA